AAAUGAAAAGCGACCCAUCUAAACAUUACAUUGUCAUUUCAUCAGUAGGCAAAUAUCUCUCUUUUCCAUUUCUAACUCUUUCUCACUCUCUCUCUAGAUUUUGACGAAAUUCAAGCUCGAAUCUCAGGCGAACGGCGGCAAAAUUUCCACCGCUCUAACAGAAUCUUGAGAGGAUGGCAAUGGUAGAUGAGCCAUUGUACCCGAUAGCUGUGUUAAUAGAUGAACUUAAGAAUGAUGAUAUCCAAUUGCGGUUGAAUUCUAUUAGGAGGUUAUCAACUAUUGCGCGUGCACUCGGUGAGGAAAGAACCAGAAAGGAGUUGAUCCCUUUUUUGAGUGAAAACAAUGACGACGAUGAUGAAGUGUUGCUGGCAAUGGCAGAAGAGUUGGGCGUGUUUAUUCCUUAUGUUGGAGGUGUGGAGCAUGCUCAUGUUCUUCUCCCACCUCUAGAGACCCUUUGUACAGUUGAGGAGACCUGUGUGAGGGAUAAAGCUGUGGAGUCAUUGUGUAGAAUUGGAUCCCAGAUGAGGGAGAGUGAUUUAGUUGAUUGGUUCGUCCCACUUGUGAAGAGGCUAGCAGCUGGUGAAUGGUUCACAGCAAGGGUUUCUGCAUGUGGGCUCUUUCAUAUUGCUUACUCAAGUGCCCCAGAAAUGUUGAAAGCAGAGCUUCGGUCUAUUUACAGCCAAUUGUGUCAAGACGACAUGCCUAUGGUGCGAAGGUCGGCUGCUACAAACUUGGGGAAGUUUGCUGCUACAGUUGAAUCUGCUUACCUGAAGAGUGACAUCAUGUCAAUAUUUGAUGAUCUUACCCAGGAUGAUCAGGAUUCUGUGCGCCUAUUAGCUGUUGAGGGCUGUGCUGCACUUGGUAAGCUGUUGGAGCCCCAGGACUGUGUGGCACAUAUCCUGCCUGUCAUUGUCAACUUCUCUCAGGACAAGUCUUGGCGCGUUCGAUACAUGGUUGCUAACCAGCUGUACGAACUAUGUGAAGCUGUUGGGCCAGAGCCCACUAGGACGGAUUUGGUGCCUGCCUAUGUCCGUUUGCUUCGAGAUAAUGAAGCUGAAGUUCGCAUAGCUGCUGCAGGAAAAGUAACCAAAUUCUGCAGAAUUCUUAGUCCCGAGCUUGCGAUUCAGCAUAUUCUUCCCUGUGUGAAGGAAUUAUCAUCAGACUCUUCACAACAUGUCAGAUCUGCUUUGGCUUCCGUUAUAAUGGGGAUGGCUCCUGUUUUGGGAAAGGAUGCAACCAUUGAACAUCUUCUUCCAAUAUUUCUUUCCCUUCUGAAGGAUGAGUUUCCCGAUGUGCGCCUGAACAUCAUCAGCAAGCUUGAUCAAGUCAAUCAGGUGAUUGGAAUUGAUUUAUUGUCCCAAUCUCUGUUGCCAGCUAUUGUUGAGCUGGCAGAGGACAGGCAUUGGCGAGUCCGUCUUGCAAUAAUAGAAUACAUACCUCUAUUGGCAAGUCAAUUGGGCAUAGGAUUUUUUGAUGAUAAGCUGGGUGCUCUUUGCAUGCAAUGGUUACAGGACAAGGUUUAUUCAAUUAGAGAUGCUGCUGCUAAUAACUUGAAGCGUCUUGCAGAAGAAUUUGGUCCAGAGUGGGCAAUGCAGCAUAUAAUUCCUCAGGUCUUGGAUAUGACUACCAGUCCACAUUAUUUGUAUCGAAUGACUAUUCUUAGAUCAAUUUCAUUGCUUGCACCAGUAAUGGGCUCUGAGAUAACUUGUUCUAAGUUGCUACCUGUGGUUGUUACUGCUACAAAGGAUAGAGUGCCCAACAUUAAAUUUAAUGUGGCAAAGGUGUUGCAAUCCCUUGUACCUAUUGUUGACAACUCGGUGGUGGAGAAAACCAUUCGGCCCAGUUUAGUAGAGCUAGCCGAAGACCCUGAUGUCGAUGUUCGCUUUUAUGCCAAUCAAGCACUCCAGUCGAUCGAUAAUGUCAUGAUGUCAGGUUAGAGAAGCUAAACAUUGUCAGGUGAGAGUAGUACAAAUCUCUCUUCUAAUCCCUCUUCAGUAGUCUUGGAUUAUGCUCUCACACGAAGAAGCAAAAGGGGAAAGGUACAAUGUAAAAUGCAUCGUGUUGAGCUUGGUGUCGUAUAUUGUUGUUACUAAUUCUUUUGUAGGAUUCGGCAUUCAAGAUGCUGUGACACUAAUGAAGACCUGAGUGUUUUUUCAUGUAAAGCUGCUGCCAUACUUUACUAUUUGGAUCUGCUAAGCUCAAUUUGUAUUUGUUUUUGUUAGUCUACUUUUGAGGUUUGAAACUACAACAAUUUAGCUGUGUUACUCUAAGCAAAUUUGUCGUUAUAUUA